UGAUCAGCUCUUUUAUAUCUCUUUUAUCUCUUUAAGCUUUAUGGUCUGUUUUGUUUUGUUGUGUGGAUCCAAACGUAACGCUACAAAUUUCUGAAGCUACCAUUUCUCUAUUUUGCUUACUGCCUUUCUACAAUCCGAUUGAAGCCAUACAAUUCAAGUGGGAAAGGCCAUGUGAACUGUCUGAAACAAGAUUAAUUGUUACUUCUGCAAUUUUGACAAGCGUACUGGAUAUCCUGUUGUACAAAGAAUGGGUAAAUGCAAGGGUUGUGGGAAAUUAGGAAGAAUGCUUUCAAGGGAUGGGUCUGUUAGUGCUUACCAUUUUUCUCUACUGUUGUCUCCUGUCGUUUCUUUUUGGGAUUGCAUUGUUCGUAAAAUGAGGUAUUCAUGCAGACCUGAGUGGGUGUAGUCAUUGUGAUCAUAAUUCAGCAUUACACAAGUUUCCAAUACAAGAUUGAACUGGUAAUUAAUUAGGGUGGGAAAAAAAAAGUAAAAUAAGGAAAGAAAAUUAUAGGAAAAUGUGUACAUUUUAGAGGAAUACUUUUAAGAAAAAAAUUUGAGCAAACAGGACUGAGUCUGUAAAGGUUGAGUCUAUAGACGUGUGUGGUAUUCAUGGAUAAAAUGGCAUGUAAUAAAGUGCAACCUGUUGUGAGAAAAGCAAAGAAGAAGCAGGUGAAGGAUGAAAUGGAUCGCAUCAAACAGGCUGAGAAGAAAAGAAGGCGCCUGGAGAAAGCUCUUGCUACAUCUGCGGCCAUUCGAUCAGAACUGGAAAAGAAGAAACAGAAAAAGAAAGAAGAACAACAGAGGCUUGAUGAAGAGGGUGCUGCAAUUGCUGAGGCUGUUGCUCUCCAUGUCCUUUGUGAGGAUUCUGAUGAUUCAUGUAAGGUUGUGCUGAACAAAGAAAAGGGAUUCACUUCUUGGGAUUGCACCUGCAAUGUUGACAUUUUCAUAGGUGAAGGGAGAGCAUCUCCCCCGCAGCAGGACCGUGCAUUUGAAGGCAUUGGGUGGCUCUCUAACACAAUGGAUUCUGGCUGCAAAUGGGAUGACUUCGGAAAUGAUGACUGGUCAUUUACAUACAGGCCUUUUGAAAGAAAUCUAGGUAUGCCGUAUCUUGAGGAUGAAGGUUUGAGAGCUCCAGAAUUAUCUGCUGGUCUUAUUGCAGCACAAGCUGUUUCUUCACUACAAAUUGCAGAGGAUACACAAGUAGACGCCAUUGUUUUUAACGGAAUGCUCAAGAGGCACGAGUCGUGGUUUAAAGUCUGAAAGAAUGGUUCUGUAUAUAUAUAUUACAAAUGAGUCCCCUCCUUAUAUUCUGGUGUUGCUUUCUUCUUCAGUGUAAGAACACUACUGCUCUAGUUUGCCCAUGUCAGUUUGUGUUUUCAUAUUUCUGUUUCCUGAAGUUGCUUCGUUCUUAUAUGGGUGUUGAUUUUCGCAAAUCUUAGACUAUCAGUAGAUUUGUGUUUCUUUUAAUGACUUACCAAGUAUCCGCUGACUUAUUGUAUCGAAUAAUUAUAGUCUUUAACAAUUUAGUUUGUUCUGCCA